CCCUUGAGAGCUUCCACAUUAUCUUCUUCUUCUAAAUCUUGAGAAUGGGAAGUAACGAUGGAACCACUUAUGGUGCGUACACCUAUGAGGAGCUUGAGAGGGAACCAUACUGGCAAUCUGAAAAGCUCCGGAUUUCAAUCACUGGUGCUGGUGGUUUUAUUGCCUCUCACAUUGCUCGGCGUCUGAAGACCGAGGGCCACUACAUUAUUGCUUCUGACUGGAAGAAGAACGAGCACAUGACUGAAGAUAUGUUCUGUCAUGAAUUUCAUCUUGUUGAUCUCAGGGUGAUGGAUAACUGCUUGAAGGUCACUACAGGAGUUGACCAUGUGUUUAACCUUGCUGCUGAUAUGGGUGGAAUGGGGUUCAUCCAGUCCAACCAUUCAGUUAUUAUGUACAAUAACACAAUGAUCAGCUUCAACAUGCUUGAGGCUUCUAGGAUCAAUGGGGUUAAGAGGUUCUUCUAUGCCUCUAGUGCUUGCAUCUACCCUGAAUUUAAGCAGUUGGAAACUAAUGUGAGCUUGAAGGAGUCUGAUGCAUGGCCUGCAGAGCCUCAAGAUGCUUAUGGAUUGGAGAAACUUGCUACGGAGGAGUUGUGUAAGCACUAUACCAAAGACUUUGGAAUUGAAUGUCGUAUUGGAAGAUUCCAUAACAUUUAUGGACCUUUUGGAACAUGGAAAGGUGGGAGAGAGAAGGCUCCUGCUGCUUUUUGCCGAAAGGCUCUCACUUCCACCGACAAGUUUGAAAUGUGGGGAGACGGACUUCAAACUCGUUCUUUCACCUUCAUUGAUGAAUGUGUAGAAGGUGUCCUCAGGCUGACAAAGUCAGACUUCCGGGAGCCAGUGAACAUUGGAAGUGAUGAGAUGGUUAGCAUGAAUGAGAUGGCCGAGAUUGUUCUCAGCUUUGAGAACAAGAACCUUCCCAUCCAUCACAUUCCAGGCCCAGAGGGUGUGCGUGGUCGUAACUCAGACAACACACUGAUCAAAGAGAAGCUCGGUUGGGCUCCAACAAUGAAAUUGAAGGAUGGGCUGAGAAUUACAUACUUCUGGAUCAAGGAACAGAUUGAGAAAGAGAAAGUUAAGGGCAUUGAUCUGUCUAUUUAUGGGUCAUCCAAGGUGGUGGGUACCCAAGCCCCGGUUCAGCUAGGCUCACUUCGUGCUGCUGAUGGCAAAGAGUGAAGCUGUUGAGGCCAACAGCUCUGGUAGCUUAUGCCAU